UUUUAUUUUGGCGGGCGGUGUCUCAGUGUCAGUGUGCUCCAUCAUGGCGGCGCGCAGUGUGUUCAGAUCGGGGCUGUUUAAUGGCAAAGUGGCGAUAGUGACCGGAGGAGCGACAGGAAUCGGGAAAGCCAUUACAGCCGAGCUGCUGCAGCUGGGUUGUCGUGUGGUUAUUGCGUCGAGGAAGUCGGAGCGUUUGGAAGCUGCAGCUGGUGAACUUUCGCAGUUGAUCAGUUCCUCGAGUCCGGCUUCCAUCACGUCUCUACGCUGUAACGUCCGCCAUGAGGACGAGGUGAGGAACCUGGUGGCGUCGACGCUUCGGCUUCACGGCAGGAUCGAUUAUUUGGUGAAUAACGGCGGAGGGCAGUUCAGCAGCCCGGCGGCUAACAUGAGCGUGAAGGGCUGGAACGCUGUGAUCGACACCAACCUGACCGGAACAUUCCUCUGCUGCAGAGAGGUGUACAGUGCGUGGAUGAAGGAUCAUGGUGGCGCGAUCGUUAACAUCAUCGCUGAUAUGUGGAGGGGAUUUCCGGGCAUGGCACACACAGGAGCAGCGAGAGCCGCAGUGGAGAAUCUGACGAAGAGUUUGGCCAUCGAGUGGGCGAGCAGCGGCGUGCGCAUCAACUCCGUCGCUCCGGGAACGAUCUUCUCCAAAACAGCGAUGGAGAACUAUAAAGAUCUCGGGCCCAUGAUAUUCCAGUUAGCUGUUCCAUGCAUUCCUGCAAAACGCCUGGGCUUUCCAGAGGAGAUUUCCCCGGCCGUGUGUUUCCUGCUGUCUCCAGCUGCGUCCUUUAUCUCAGGAGCCACUGUGAAGGUGGACGCAGGACAGAGCCUGUACGACUCGGUGUGGGAGAUCCCAGCAGCGUCCCAUGAGCAGGAGUGCCUUUAUACUGAAUAUAAGCACAGCUGUGACUUGGCCGUAGUUACAAGAUCGCAGGUAAACGCAGGUAAACGCAGGUAAUCGCAGGUAAUCGCA